UUCGUUAAUAUCUUUUUUCCCCCCUUUUUUUUUUUUUAUUUUUUUGCCUGCUGCAAAGCCUGCGGCUGAGCGGGGCGACGGAGCCAGCGCGGCCGCACUCAGCGCGCAGCCGGCGGGGUGCCGCGGCGCAGCGGAGCGGGGCCGGGGCUGGGGCCGGGGCAGCGCCGGGGGCGGCCCAUGGCCGCGCCGCCCCGCUGAGCCCCGCGGGCGCCGCCGCUCGCUGCCGCCAGCUCGGCCGGGAAGCAGCGCGCCCGCCAUGGCCCGGCGCUGGUGGCUCGCCGCGCUGCUCCUAGCCUGCGCGGCCGCGGAGGCGCCGCUGCGCUGGGAGCCGCGGUGCCGGCAGCAGCUGCGCCACCUGCAGGACGGCGCCAGGAUCGCGGCGCGGCUGCCGCCCCGCCUGGAGGGGCACUGGGUCUCCACCGGGUGCGAGGUGCGGCCGGGCCCCGAGUUCCUCACCAGGUCCUACCUCUUCUACUCCAACCGCCUCUUCAAGGCCCACCAGUUCUACUACUGGGACCCCGCCUGCCGCGAGCCCUCCUACUCGCUCGUCAUCAAGGGCAAGCUGCGGCUGCGCCAGGCCUCCUGGAUCACCCGCGGCGCCACCGAGGCCGACUACCACCUGCACAAGGUGGGCAUCGUUUUCCACAGCCGGCGCGCCAUGCAGGAGGUGGCCGCCUGGAUCAACCAGACGUCGGGAGCGGGCUGCAGCGGCUUCCUGCCCCCGGGGCGCAGCUGGGCCCCCGGCGCGCUCUACGAACUGCUGAGCGCCAAGACGGAGCGCGACUGCACCGCCGCGCUGGGCUUCGCCAUGCACGAGCUCAGCCUCGUGCGGGUGGAGAAGCACCACCAAGCCCUGCCGCAGCCCCCGCAGCGCGGCAGCCGGCUCGUGGAGGAGCUCUACCUGGGGGACAUUCACACCGAGUGGGUGGAGAGGCUCCACUACCGGCCGACCGGUUACCAGCGGCCUCUGCAGAACGCCGUGCACCACGUGCAUCCUUGCCCAGCCUGUGGGAUUAUAUACAGAGCUGAUGAACACCAUCCGCCCAUAUUGCCCCUGAGAGCCGAGCUGCCGAUGCAGCUGAGCGGCAGCUGGGUGAGCACCCACUGCGAGGUCCGGCCUGCUGUGCUUUUCCUAACCAGGUACUUCAUAUUUCACGGUAGCAAUCACACCUGGGAAGGUUAUUACUAUCACUACUCCGACCCCCUCUGCAAGCAGCCGACUUUCACCAUCUACGCGUCCGGGCAUUACACCCAAGGCAUCCCCUCCUCCAAAGUGAGAGGCGGCACCGAACUGGCUUUUAAAGUCACCCAGGCUCGGGUGACGCCGAUGGACCAGGUGACGGUGAUGAUGCUCAACUCCUCGGAGCCGGGAAGCUGCGGGCUGACAAACUCCUGGCGCGCAGGGAUGGAGCAGGAUAUAACUCCCACAAAUGGAUGUUUGGCUUUGGGCAUCAAGCUGCCCCACACCGAGUAUGAACUUUUCAAAACAGAGCAAGACGCCAAAGACCGCAGCUUGCUGUUCAUUGGCGAAAGGCCCACGGAUGGAUCCAGCCCCGACCGUCCAGACAAGCGACCCACGUCGUAUCAGGCACCUCUGAUUCAGUGUGCUGGGGCGUCGGAGGAAUUCUCUAACUAUGUUAGUCUGAAAUACUUGGGAAAACAGGAUGCUAAUGGGAAUGAAGCACUAAAACCUUUGUCUGUGGCCUUUUUAUUGUUUAUAGCACUGCAGUUUUUAAGAUGGGACUAGCUAUCUAUUCAGGUACGGCACAGAAUUCAGAUAGUCCUGGUGCUAGGAUGAUUUUAUAUCCUUCAAAUGAGCACAUCUGGAAUCAGUUUUACUUAGAUUUGGAAAUACUUUAAAAAAAAGCAGUGAACAAAGCCAAGAAGCCAGGAAGAUAUGCCUGACUAUAUACUGUUUGUCCUGUGGCUUUAUUGCCUAAUCUUCCCUCUUCUCUGCCUACAAAUCUAACGUAGUGACAUGGAUGCAUUGCACAUUGCAAUAGAUAAUUUAGCAAUAAGAGAGGAAAAAAAGAGCUACAUCAAUUAGAAUUGCAGCUUUGAGCUUUUGACACUGCUAAGAUAUAAUCAAGAGCCUGAUUCAGAUGUAAUUCAAACAUCCAAAGUGUUGGCUGAUGAGUUUCUUUGAGGUUAAGUUCCCUCCCAUCAUACUCCUCAUUGCUGUUCUUGCAAAUUUAGACCUGCAGUGUCAGUCAGCCAUAGAUAGUCAGCAAGUGCUCCUGAUAAGGGCGUUGUUAAUCAUUCCUUGCUCAGUUUAUAGACUUUUCCUGCAGUUUCCAUGUAUAUGUACACAGACAGAGAUGCAAUGUACAGUUUUCCACUAAGGUAUGUGAAAAAGCAGCCCUCCCUGAACGUUACCUGGACAGACUGCUGUGCCUGGCCUUGGUCAGAUUGGAAGGUGCAGUAAAUGGAAAAGGCCUCUGUGCCCAACUACUCCCAACCUUCAGCUUCACACAGCUGCAGGCACUGCAUCCGUGUCGCAUUAUUCUGGCCUUUCCCGUCACUCGCACUGGCCCGCACUUUGGGAAGGCAGCAGCAGCCACCACAUUACUGCCGCCCUUGUCCAGCCGGCAAAGGACCGCGAGGCAGUUGGCAGCUCCUGCUCAUCACGUAUCUCGCAGAGCCAGAGAUCACUUACAGUGCCAGCCUUCUCAGACCAUGUAUUUUCACUGUCUCGUCUUUAGUAAGUGUUCUGGCGCACAGAUCAUUAAUCUAGCUCUCAAUCCAGCCACAUUCAUGUAAGGAUGUUUCAUAAAUUUGCUGCUAGUGAACAAGGUGUUGAGGAAAUACUCUGAUCAGGUAGCACAUCAGGUCAGGCUGAUUUCUAGUGACUAGAAGGACAAAGUAAGAAAUUAUAUUCCCUUGUCUGCUGCAGCUAAGAAGCAUAUAACUUACUUGCAGGAGACCUCCUCCCAGUAGCUAAAUCCUCUCCAAAUAAGCCUAUAUAUUUUACUCGCAAAGGAUAUUUUGUUAAACCAGCUAUGCAAUAGCUACCUUCUUAAUGCUGUAUUUACAAACCUGCAGCUUGUACUUAGCUAAUUUAUGGGUUUUAUAACAUAGAAAUACUUUUGGGGUAUCUGUACAUGAACAAAUAAUUCAAAUGAGAUGCUUAUUAAAUGCAUACAAUUGUGAUAUAAAUGUUGUCAGAAUAUUCGCAUGUUCCAGACAUGGUAAAAUAUUAGUCAUGCACAUAAACAUUUAUGCUUCUAAGAGGAUACACAAAAAAGCUAAGCUUGGCUAACUCACCUUAGGUGCCCUCUGCAAUCAACAGAGAGAGAGAGAGACUUCUCCAGGCAUCAGGUCAGCAGGCAAAAUCAGUCUCCUGCCUCCUGGUCCUCUUUCUUCACUCACCAUAGCAAAAACUUUUGCAGGUAAAGCACACCUGCGAAAUAUCUCCCACGGUUUCUAAGGGUUGCUGUGUUUCAUUGCCUGCUAUUGCAUGGAGAGCCACAGGCAAAUGUUUAAAGAACUGGAAGUGAUUAUUAACCAUCUACUGCACUCACCUCCUUUGGGGCCUGGCAGCAGGUGCUCUACCCACCCACCCUGGCAAAGCCAACACUAACCAGCCAAUUUGGAGGACACCCAGAAGGGUCCCUUUCUCCUGUGGCUUGAGAAUUAAAGUUUAUCUCAGCAUGUGGAGUCUUCUUUGCAAGGUCCCUGUUAAAAUACUGUGAAGCAAGGGAAAGCCCUGGGUAGCGUAGCUGGAUCUCAUACGACCCAUAGAGCUGUCUCCAGGAUAGUCACUUGUUACAGCCUAGACAGAAGGCUGCUGCUAUUCAAAUCAGCAGGGCAACAUGCUCAGGACCCAAAGAUGUCCAUGGUAAAAGUAGGGAACUAAGCUACGCUCCUUCCCUGUGAACACCUCAUGCAGAGCCUUUUUGUCCUCUCUUAAAUAUACUUACCCCACUUAAGUAUACUUCUGAAAGAAAGGGAAGAAAAAAACAAAGCCAUGGAAAAGCUAUUUGCAUAAAUACCAUAAUUUUUAUUGUUCUGUUCACAGUUUUUGGGAAAACAUUCCUAAAUUGCACAGUUACUCUCUUAAGAAUAUGUGCCUUUUCUCAAUUUGAAUUUGCCUGGCUUGGAUGUCCAGACAGUGGUUCCUGUGUUGUGCUUUUCAAGAUCAGAGGGAGCUGCCAUGUUGGGUAUUUUCUCCCCGUGAAGAUACUUCUGCAUUGUAAUCAAGACACUUCUCAAUCUUAGUUGGAUAAAUUCAGCCAAGUGAACUCUCUCUCUAACGCUCUCUAAGGCAUUUUCACACUCCACCAGUGAUCUUUUGAUUCUUUUUUGCAUCCAUUCCAAUUAUUCAGCUUCUCUUUUAAAAUGUAAAUAUCCAAAUCACAUCCAAAAUUCCCAAGUCUCACAGCUGAGACAUCUACAGAAGUAUAAUCACUGGUAAUGAUAAUUCAAAACAUGAACGUGUUCUUACUCAUUAGUCUUUUGCCCUGGGAAAAGCUGCACUGGGAGCUUGGGGGAGGGGGGGUUCCUUGCUCUGGUCCAGGGUAUGGCUAUUUUUGUCAUGUGCACAUUUUAUCAGUAGCUAUUUUGUAAGUAUUUUCACCAGUGAUGUGGAACUACUGAAUUAUCUUGGGUCCCAGCAGACUCCUUCUGUGAGCAUCCCCAUUUCAUUGCGGAUCUCUUUGAAUGACCACUUUUGAGAUACGUGAUUAUCACAGAAGCCCAAGCUUUGCAGGGGUCCAGAUAUACUCAAUGUAAUGUAAUCCUAAAGAACAUAAAAUUGAAAAAAAUGAUGCUAGAAUGAAAUGACUUGCAUUAUGCACAUCCAUCACCAUUCAUCAUCUUUUCCAUUCCCUUGGUCGGGCGGGUGUCAGGCAAGCUGAGCGCUUCACCCAGGUCAUCCUGUCCUCUUGGCCAUUCUCAUCAGCAGGUCAGAGACUGCCUCAGGCAUCUCCCUUAGAAGUAUUAAUUCAAGUUUUCUAGCCCUACUGAAUUUAAAAACGUUUAUUUUUGAAUAUUAAGCAAUGCUAAUCAGUGACAUCACCUUUCCAGUCUCUUAUAUCAUCUUUUGCAGUUUUGCCAUGUGCAUGUAGUAAUGGUCCUUAUCCUACCACAGAUUUCCCCCUGUAAUUCACCUAUUUAUCACCCUCUCCAAGCACUCCAACAUACACAUUUUUCUUCUCCUUUGGCUAUUGCUUUCCUUAUUAAUUUUCUACACUUCAUAACUCUCAUUUUCUGUUGAUUGCUAUUUCCCUUAUGUUUUUUAUUACUUUACAUCUAAUUUUCCCUUCAUUUCAUCACUGAACGAGGAUAGACUUUUAGCCAAAGUUGUCCCCUUUCUUGAUAGCAGAAGUUGUUUUUUUGGCCAUUUAAUACCUUUCUCUUAGAAAACUGCCAAUUCUAAUUCACAGCUUUCCAUCCAAUUUCUUAUUCACUAUCAGAUUUGAUAUGAAGUUUGUUCAGCUGUGGCCUUUUGAAACACCAGUUACAUAUAUUAAUACAGUAUGGCUGUAUGCAUACCUCAAAUGCAAUCAGGAUUCCACAGUAACCACCAGCUUCUAGUUCUGUCAUUAAUUUAUCUUUAUCUGACAUAACUGAGAGAAAACAGAAAGCCUUCGUGUUACAUGUGUAACACUGCAUUAGAAAAACAGAUCUAGGACAUAAGCAACAAACAUUAAAGCUGACUACUGGUUUCCUUUCAACUAUGAAACAACUAAAUACCUUUUUAUCGCAUCUAUGAAGAAAAAUCAAGAAAACAGACAGACAGGCAGGAAAGAAUCAGCUGAAAGUUGACAUAAACAGGCACGUGUCACUUGGAAACUCUUCCCCUUCAGUUGCAAUAUAAUACUUUUCGGAAGUUUAGGGUUUUUUUUAAACCCCCAAAGCACAGAAAAAAAAUAUAAUUUUCAAACAUUGUGAAUACAUUAUUAGCUUCCUGCUGUGACUGAGCAUGUAAGCCUUUUGCACCUUCUUCAAUAUCAUAAGCUACUCAGCCUUUGCAAUCUUGUACUUCUCUAACAGGCAUGGGCAUUUUAAUCAUGGGCUGAGUUAGCUGGACAAACUCAAUCUGAUCUCCUCUUCAACAGUUCAAUUAAAUUACUUGUUCUUCCAAUUAGCCAUCUUCAUGGCCCGUAUGUUUAAAAUGCCUUAGGAUGUAUUUUGCAUCCUAAAUUUCCCAAACAAUUCCUAAACUUAAAUAAAACACAAAAAAUAAGUUUAAAAACACUUUUAUCUAAAUUGUUAUCGUAGAGGGAUUCAUCUGAAACACUAUGCUGAAUAUAAAAACAUGUAAUUGACUUCAAACACCAAAAUAACAGACACCAUGGUUUGCAUGGCUUUCGCUAUAAUCCUAGGGAGAAAAUUUUAGAAAUCAGUGCAGUGCCAAAGGUGUACCUUGCAUUUGAGGUUAAAAAAAGCCCAGGCGAGUUUAGAGCAGGCAGAGUGGGGCAUUGCUUGUGGCUCUCCCACACGUCAGGUGAGCGUCCUGGCUCCUGCGCUAUGGGGCAGGUCCUCCACUGCUUUAGGGGGAAGCAAAAAAAGUCAUGUUGGGCCUGAGAAAGAGCAUGACUUUGUGAGUAAAGCACUGCACAAGAGCUCUGGUGCCACAGGACGCCUGUUGUUCAAUGUUGUGCAAUCUCUGCAAAUUUCCACGCUGGAUUUGGCUGCAGCCUGGCAGGGAGAGGUGCCAGACGAGGGUCGGCGCAUGGCGCACACACAGCAGCAGCACAGAAAAGCUGGAGAGACAGAAAGGAGGCGCCUGGCAUGACGCAUUGCUCCAAACUCUCCCGAGAGUGAAGAGAAAGAAGGAACAAAUUUGGUCAGGUAGGAAGCAGAAAGGUGACUUGUUACCUAGGAUGGGAAAAGGUGCCUGGGACUAGAAUUAGACACGAGGAGGGACCGGUCCAACAAGCAGCUGGGGCACAGCCAGGGAAAAGUCACACAGGCCAAUGUCUGGGAAGGAGACAGGGAAGAGCAACAUUGGAAAAGCAGCCAUAGGAAUAAGGAGACUGAGAUGGAAAGUAAUUAGGCAGCAAAGAAAUGCCAUUUAAAUACGGUAGGCUGAGCCUCAGUUUCUUUGCCAAGGUGCAGUGCUGGAAGAGGGAAGACUUGGACUGACCAGAAGAGCCCAAGAAGCAAAGCGGGGGCGUGACAGCUCAGGCAGAACAGAUCAGUAAAGAAACUGAGCAGGAGAGCGUGUGGCCUUCACAGAAACUCUUUUGGGCUCUGAACUGAAGCAAAAACUCCUGGCUUCAAUCAUGCUUCUUGGUGGCCUCCCAGCAAAACGCGAAAACAGAAGUUGCUGCUUACCACUACAUCAGAUACUCACCAGUAUAUCAGGUCGAGAAUGGGCAUCCAUGCAAGGACAUAACCCAUUCAACCCUGACACACACAUGGGUUACCUGCAGCAUUGUGAUGCCAUUUUUGAAGUUCACUUUUUAAAAAACCUAAAUAUGCAAAGCCUAAGAGCACAUACUGGAUUAUGCAAGGUCAGGCUCACAGAAGUUGGGCACCUUCGGGGCAGCCUUAGCUUACUUAGAUACUGCAAUGUAUUCAGACAACGUGGCCAAAUUAGUGCACGGGCAAACUUGGUUUUGCCAUUUCCUAACUUCCGAGUGCUGGACUUUGUACUGCCUUAAUAAAGCUCUUUUAAAAGUA